GCGUGUGGAUGUGGACGUCGUGGUUGAUCAAAUGUAGGUUAAGUUUAAAGUGUAAAUUUUAAAGGAAAAGUUUCAUAUUUCAUAAUAGCCUAUUUUGUGUUGUUCUUCUAAAUUUUUAGUACAAUUCAUAAAAUUCACUUUUUUAUCGAUAAUAAUUUAUCGUUAAUAAAGCUUCUACAAGUUUUUAAGCAUGUUUUGUUAUUAAAAAUCCUAGCAGCGUUGGUUGCGUUACUUCUCAUUAUUCAAAUGUAUUGAACGUUUCGUCUUUUAAUUCGGACAUCAAUUUCCUAGUAUGCAAAACUUUUUUAGUAGUUUGCUCAAUAUACUAUUUCCUAGUAAGCAAAAUACUAAAAAUAGUAAAUUAUUAUCAAUUUUCUAGUAGGCCUAUGCUAGAGUUUUUUAAUAGUUUGCUCAAUAAACUAUUUCCUAGUAGGCAAAAUCAAAAUAAUGAUAAAUUUCCUAGUAACAUGCUAAAGUAUUUUAAGAGUUGGCUCAAUAAGCAAAAUCCUGAAAUAGAAAAUGAUAUAACUGCUGAAACAGCAGUUAAAGUAGUAAUCAUAGUUCUUGUAAUUAUUUGUUUGUCAAAGUUUAUAAAAUUCUUAUUGCGCCGGUUGAAGUGGAGAAGAAAUGGUCCGAACAUCAUCCACACCGCUAAUGAAUGUCACAAUGCAGUAUUGGAGUUGAGAAAAAAAUGUAAAGAUGUCCGGGUCAUAGGACUGGAUUGUGAAUGGGUUUUUGAAGGCAGGAUCGCUCUCCUUCAAUUGGCUUCAAUUGACGGCUAUUGCUCACUAAUUCGACUUUGUGCUCUAGGCCAUGUACCAAGUUCAUUAGAAGCACUGCUGUCUGAUAGAUCGAUAAUAAAGACUGGCGUGGCAGUUAACAGUGAUGCGAGCAGACUGUUGCGAGACUACGGCGUACGUUGCAAUGGAGUGCUGGACUUGAGGUACAUGGCCCCGGCUGUCGGAUCGGUGCCUGCGGGCCUCGGAAAGAUGUCCAAUCUCUAUUUGAAUAAAGAACUGGAUAAAGAUUUGAGCAUCACGUGCAGCAACUGGGAAGCCGGCUGUCUCUCAGAGAGGCAAAUCCAAUAUGCCGCAGAUGACGCCUUAGUGUCGGUCCAGUUGUUCCAAUAUUUCAACAAUCUAAUGUUGAAACGAGAUUUACCCUGGUACAAGCGAUUGUUCUGGAGCUACGAAAAAGUGUGGGCUCGGGUUGAAUGGUACUGGCGACCCUACAUCGAUCUUCCGUUCCCUGGCGAUCAAAUUCUAAGAAUUCCUCAGCCAUUCUUUUUUAUGAAUCAAUAAUCAAGAAAUUCAUUGGCCAUAAAACAACAUUAAAAAAAGUAAGCAAUAGGCUUUGUCAAUAAUAAGUAAAAUAUCACAAAGGUAGACUAUACAAACGAUCAAAUUUACACAACAUACACAUUGAAAUAAUCCAGGUACUCAUUAACAGUAUAGAGCUUCAGACUUGAGCCAUUUAUCAACAGCAAUACAAAACGUUUUCAAUGGUAACUGCUUAACAUUUUAUCUGGUAGUAAAUUAAACAUGCGAAUUUGUAGGUACUUAUGACUUUUCAGAGUUUUAGUCAAUCUAACUGUAGGUCUACAGUAGUUAUAUCAUCCCUAUGUCUAGUGUAAUGUGAAUGUACAGAAAUAUUUUUAUUAAAAUAAGACAAAUUUUUCUUGGCGGAGAUUA